AUGGCUCAGGGCCAGAUGAAGAAGAGCAAGGCCACCACUGCCGUGGCGAAACGUGGUUCCAACUCGGCUGCUCGAACGAGGCCUGGACCGCGCCAGGUUGCGCCUAAGAAGGCAUCGCUGGUGAAGCAGGCUAAGCUGAAUAAGAAACUCACGUCCGGCCUCGUGGCGAAAACGGAGCGCAGUCUUGCGCAGAAGGCUGGCCAUCUUGAGAUGCUAGCUGGUGGGAAGAAGGAUAAGAAGAAGAAAUAA